AUGAAGUAUCUGCUGCUGUUGUCGUUCGUUUCAUUGAGCAACACCUGCUGCGCCCCUGCAUGUUGUUCAUGUUGUAUGGCCUUCCAACCACCUACAGUUAUUGGAUAUCAAAGGAUUCCAAUCUAUGCACGAGUUCCACGACGAGACCCAAUUCCUAUUGUGGAAAGCUAGUAUGUCCAAACGGCACCUGCUUCUGGUGUAUCAUCACCUACAAUAGUUACCACUCAGCCACAAAUGUCUGUUUCAUCGCCUCUGACAAUGACGGCCUCAUCUCCUGCAGUUGCAACUGCUCCAGCUCCAUCAAUUUCUAUGUAUGUCCAAACGGCACCUGCUUCUGGUGUAUCAUCACCCACAAUAGUUACCACCCAGCCACAAGUGUCUGUUUCAUCGCCUCUGACAAUGACGGCCUCAUCUCCUGCAGUUGCAACUGCUCCAGCUCCAUCAAUUUCUAUACAGAUGACUCAACCUGGUGGAUAUGCGACCGCACCUUCUGCUUCAAUGACGGCUGCUCCGCUUCCACCGCAACCUUUCAUUGCUGCUCCGACAUUCGCAGCUCCACUCCGAACUCCACCUCAGUCACCUCCAUUGCCUUCAUAUAGCAUGCCACAGCAGUACAAUCCUCCAAUGCCUACACCUGUCAUUCAAGACAACUCGAUCGUUUCCCCAGUAAUGACAAACUAUCAGGCUCCAAUGGCGACCGGUGGCUACCUUAGCGGUGCGCCGACUGCGAAGAGACUACGAAUUCGAUAA